AUGUACGACAUUGAAGAAAUUAAAGCUACAUUCGGAAACUUUGAUAAGCUCUUGAUCUCUAUAGAUAAUAGCACAAGCGAAGCGUAUGACCUUCUAGUAAAGCAUUUUCCAUCGAGAUCCCUUUUAUUCGACGGUGGUGUUUUCGAAUGUUUAGAGCAUCCAAAAGAAAUUUUGAUUCAAAACUAUGAUGAGUUAGAGAUCACUUUAGACGAAGAUGUAGGCGCAGGCUUAUCCAUAAUGUUGGAUGAUCUACUUAUGAUGAAUAGCAAAACUGUAUUGUUUGGGGAUGUCAACUGGACUGGGAAAGAAGUUAAUCAAUUCAUAAAGCAUUGGAUGAAAGGGUCUAACCCUCGAUUGGAAACUUUGGAGAUUUUUUCAAGAGGAGAAGCGUUUAAUAGAACAAUUGCUCUAAAAGGUAUUAGAUACAUGGAAAUGCCAGCCAAUCAUGUUAGGAAGUUCAAAACAUUGGACCAUGAGAAAUUUGAUGUUGAAGGCGGCUACGAUAUCAUAAGACAUGAUGGAACCACCGCAACAGUCAAAUUCGAUUAUGAUGAUGAGUUUGAUACUGAUUCAUUUUUCAUGUUUGUAUGGCAUCCACAUUGUGUAGAAGAUUCUUAA